AUGUCCGCUCUUUUCACCGUGCCAAUCGCCUCGACGGGAGGCUCUAUCGUCUGCACCAACCCGACAGCUGGUCAGGACGAACAGCAAAACAUCUACCACCGGUACCCAAAGGGCGUGGUUGUCACUACGAGCGGAAUCGCCAAGUUCUACAGCAAUGGUCUGGAUCUGGAUCUUGCCAUGAGCACGGAGGGAUUCCUCGACCAGUGGCUCUGGAAGCUUUUCCGCCGGUUUCUCACAUACCCUAUGCCAACAGUGUGUUUGCUGAAUGGUCACGCUUUUGCAGGCGGCUUCAUGCUCGCCAUGUACCACGACUACCGUAUCCAGAAUCCUGACAAGGGCUUCCUCUGCAUCAACGAGUUAGAGUUUGGAGUACCCCUCCAAACACCUAUGAUGUCCAUCUUCCGCGAGAAGCUCCCUGCAACCACCUUCCGGAAUGUGGUUCUGGAGGCGCAUCGGUUUGGCGGCAAAGCCUCGCUACAUGCGGGCAUCGUUGAUGGACUGGGUGGACUCGAGGAGGCUGUUGCACUUAUUCGAGGUCGCAAGCUUUUGAACAAGGCUGAAACAGGAAUUUACGGUACAAUGAAGGAGGAGAUGUAUGCGCGCGUACUCAAUGGUCUCGAUGACCACGUGGGCAACCUUGAAUGGCGUGAAAAGUUGGAGCAGAAGAAAGAGCAGCUGCAAAGCAUAUCCUUGCAAAAUGUGAAGGAUUUCGAGAAAGGACACAAGGCGAAGCUCUAG